GCCGCCGAGGUGGUCACGCUCACGGAUGCGACGUUCGAGCAUCACACGCAGGCGGCCACUGGACAAACCUCCGGCGUAUGGUUGGUCAGAUUCAAGAGCGAGACGUGUGGACACUGCGCGAAGAUGGAUCCGGAGUGGACGAGGCUCGCGGAGGAGAUGGACAACGCCGUGAUAGUGGCCGACAUCGACGGACCGAACAACCCGAUCACCACGGACAGGUUCAACGUCCGGGGAUUCCCCACCGUGCUGCUGUUCCGCGACAGGAAGAUGUUCAAGUACGGCGGCGAGAGAACCGCGGAUGCGUUUGCGGAGUUCGCCACGGCGACGUAC